AUGGAGAGCUUCGGGACGGAGCUCAAGGAGACGCCGUACCCGCUUAUUGCGGCGUUAGGAUCGCGUGAACUGCAAAAUAAAGUGCUGCCAUUAGUACGCGGGAUUAAUGAGGAAUUUGUACCGAAGCUGCACUUUGCAUCGUUGCCACGUGAUCAUCGCUUUCCUGUUAAGAAGGAAUUACGUGAGAAACACGGAACGUUUCCAAAUCAGACUCAGCGCGACUUUGAUAAUUACCGUGUACAAGGAAUUCUUAAGGCACGAUGGUUGAAAAAACAUCAUGAAUUGCUACCAGCUGUGGUGCUUCUCUUUGAUGAGUUUGACCCACGCUGGAGUCCACAAGAUUGGCAACAGAGAGAGACAUUGUUACGUGAAGAGGUGGAGAAGUUUAAACGCAUGAUAUCUGGUAGAGAUUGUCGUGUGGUACUGAUACUGAUGCAACAAGUGGAUGAUGCUGGGAUCGCUCCUAUGAAUACAACAGAGGAAAGACUUUCUAAUUUCAGAAGACGAUUAGAUACAGAUACCAAAGGAUUGGUCCUCUUACGAUCACGAGAUAUUGUACGGGGAUCUGCUAUGCUGCUGAAGCUAGAGUCAUCUAUACGAAAUAUGGCACUGGAGUACUACAAGUCGCAAUCGAAGCGAGUGAAGCGAUACAAGAAAGCUUUGGCAAAAACACCUGGUAAUCAGGCAAUGCACGCGAGACUUAGCUUUAAGAUUGCACAUUACUGUGAGUUUCGGCGCUACACAACCAAAGUGUUACAACAUUAUGAAGCAUCGUACCGAGCAAUUACUGCACUACCAUUAAACGAGGACGAGUCUAUUGAUGGGAUCGCUUACACGCAGGUGAUGACAAUGGCCGAGUUUGUGAGCUUUAAAUUGUGCUAUCACUUGAUCUUUUCGUCGAACAAUAUUAAAAGCGCGGUCGACCAACUUCAUCGGCACAUGAGCAUUUAUGCACGUACAAUUAUCGUGGCAAACCGAGCUCAUGAGCACUAUGAAUGGGUUUCUCGUCAAUACCAUGUCUUUGCACAAUUAUUGGCGGAAGCGACAUCGAUUCGAGGCUCUUUAACAGCAAAGUUUGCAAUGUUUCGGAGAAAAGCAGCAGCUAAAUUAGGACUUACGGCAUCUAAUGUGUCAACUGCAUCACCGACAGAGAACAUUACGUCAGAGCGUGACUUUGUCGUGGUUCCUUCGAUUUAUAUUGGCGGAGAUCCAGUGGUAUCCGAAGCAAACUCAGCAUCCAAGGACUCUUCAAAAUCAGCGCUUGUGAAGUACCGACAUGCCGUGGAGAGAACAGUGUCGCAUGCAAAGCGGUCAAUAAGUCUCUUAGAGCACGCACUUCAGCAUCUGAAAUUGUUUGUAGCUAAUCGCAAUGGUUCCCGUAAUCGGAUGAAAAGCCGAUUACUUGUUCACUUGGGUACAGAACGUCUUGUUUCCGGCGAGUACGAUCGCUCUCGGGCUGAAUUACAGAAAGCAAAAACUACUUUUGCUGCUGAAAACUGCUGGGCUCAAACAGCCCAGAUCCUUAAACAGCUGCUUAUUUGCACCUUUCGCCAAGGAGAUCUUGCAGCCUACCUGGAUUAUUCCUUGCAACUGUUGUCACCCGUUGUGGAGGAAUUUGUGUCUUUAAAAGAGCGCAGUAGGAUUCAAGAGACCUUUGUCACUGCUUGGCGAAAUCCGCUAGCACUUGGAGUACCAUUUACCGAGAGUUCAACGCUUAAGAACGGAUAUGUGAUAGCUUGUGACCGGUCACGUCAAGUGUUUGCAUUAACAGCGCAGUUUGAUCGUGCCUGCGCUUGUGUUAAAGAAAACGUUUUGCUUGAAAUAAGAUUGACAUCGCAUCUCCCACUGCCGAUAGUGAUGACAAAAAUUGAGCUGAUUUUUAAUGAUGAGCGUUACCGUAGUGUUAUAUACCAUCAGACUGAGAAGUCAAGUGACUUUCCCACAUUUGCCGAUGAAAAGCUGUUUGCUUCACUGGAAUUUACUUUCAAAGCGGAGAAAACAUUACACAUUCCGUUACAUAUUCUAGAUAAUCGGCAAUUGUUAUCAAUUCAGGAAGUACGGUUAUACUUUGGUAAAGACCAAAAAUUAAGUGGGAAUGAUGAUUUUGAAGAUGAAGCACUGCCAGAAAAUGAAUUUUUAAUCUUGAGUCUACUUGUCGAGCGUGCGACGAUAGAACCGCGAAAAACACCACAACCGUAUCUCAUGAAUGGACGUGUACCUGCAAUGGGCAAUGGCUCUGCUUCUCCGAGUUUCUUAAGGCGGAAAUCGAUGUUUUCGCUCGAUGAGAGCCCUCAUCUUGGCUAUUUUGACACGAUUGAAUCAUUCCAAGAAAACGGUUCCGUUUAUCUUCGUGGAUCAUCGCUGAUAGUUCAACAGCCUCGUGCAAAGGCCACACUAAUAAUGCUGUCGAAUGAGCCGCUUUUGACGGGCGACUAUCAUGAAAUCGCCUUUAAGGUGUCUGCCAAUGAAGAUACUCUGACGAAUGUUAAGUGUCAAGUUGCAUGCGACCCUGUACCAGUGUCAGAUUCACCAAUCGACGCAUUUUUCUUCACUUUUCAAAUGGGAGAGCUGACACCAGUGUUAUUAAGCAAAAAUUUACAACCUCGAGAGAUGAUUUCGCUCCCGGACAAAGACCCCGAGUCCGAAGAAAUCGUGCGCCUGAUUGUUCGCUCAACACGAGCAAAUCCUGUGGCGCUUGUGGUGUCUGUUGCUUACACGACGAAGGCAGGUGUGGCUGAAACGAAUGGUGUGUUUUUCAUUGUGAUGCUAUCGUCAAUCGAGCUCAAGCAAAGCUCACAACUAGCGUCGUGA